AUGCAACCAAACGACAAUCGUCAACUAUCAAUGCCCGACUCUUCGGAGCGGUCAUUGAAACGUCACUUAUCCCAGAGCCAGGGCUCUAACGUGGGUAACAUUAAACGUCAACGCAUUUCUAUCGACAAAUCACCUCUACAGCUCAGCUAUAGUGACGUUGUCCAAACUCCCGGGUCUAAUUUUACCCUUGUUGAUAAUCCUCAAUCGACCAACGCCGACACAAUUGCUUCUUCAUACACCUCGCUGGACCCCUCUCCACGAGAACCCCAAGACCCUUAUGACGACCCUUACGAUGAUCCAGACUUCGAUCAAAUGUUUGAGAGCCUCACUAGACCCAGUUCUAUUGACAAGCCAGGAACGUCACCGCUUUUAGUCGACACUAAUGAAUUUGCUCUGAAACAGUUGGACCAGGAUGCUUUGGCGGAGUUUCUGGAGGAAGAAACCUAG